CGAUUGCGUAAACAUUUUGUGUAUGUGCUCUUCCAAUUUUGAGGACCUCAGCUGAUGCCGCAGUUCGCUGGCAGCGUGGAUGCAGGACAGUUCAGCAGAAAAUGGAUGAAUCGACGGCGAUCGUCCAGCUGACCACGGCAUGUCCGUGCUGCAACCACGCGCACCCCCAGCAGUUGCCGCCAGCGUCCACCUCCAACCCCACAAUUCCGAAAUCAAUUCAUGAGAGGGCGAGAUUGUCACCCGUGGCCACGCCGUCGGUGAGCGUUUCGGAUAUCCCACAACAAGUGCAGCGCAACACAAGAGCCAGCCUGAGUGGCAGUCAAGCGCUGCUUAACAGUAUCACUGGUGGACUAUUCUCAGGUGAAAGACGAAAUUCAACGGCAUGGAACACCCGAGUGGGUUUGGGCGAGAGAAGGCCCUCGGCGCUCAUCCAAAUGGGCAAUUGCGGUGCUUGCGGCGAACAAAGACGCUACUUGAUGAGCUUUAUGCGCGGGGCCCAACAGCAGCAGGCGGCGGUGCGCUCCCCCGUGGUCUUGGAACCUGCAACACCCAUGUUGGCGCUGCAGGAGAAAGCCGGGCCUAAUUCCACCGGCAACUCUUCCGCAGUCGUACCCAGAGGCUCCACGCCACCCCCACCCUCUUAUAACGAGCUGCCCGCAAGGGGUGCGAGGAAGAAAAAGAAAAUCAUUUGCAAAAAGGAGAAAAAGGACGACGGUUCUACCGCGGGGCUUUCGGCUUUGUACGCAAAGCUGCUCGUUGUUUUGGGAAUCGCGCUGCCUGUCGGAGAAGUUCUUUCCGAUAAAGUUCCUUCCACGUUGGACCAAAUUUUCUACAUGUACCUUUACGCCGGCAGCUUGGUUUUCAUGAUGUACAUGUACGCGACGCUGCUGACGGACCGCGCCGUUUACUCCAUGGUCAGCUCGUACAGUAUUGACGUUGAGGGAGAUCAACGGGAAGUUUACGUCCGAGCCCAGAGGAGGAGAUGCGUUCCUGUCGUUCGCUACGGCAGCUUUUACCUGCGGGCGAGUGCCAUUGCGUUUGGAAUUGGCAGCAUGAUUUACUCUGGUCUGGAAGUUGCAAAGUACUUCGAACUGGACCACGAGUGCAGAAAAGUGAUGCUGGUCUUGACUCCAGCGACAAGGCUGGUGUUUACAAUUGUGCAAAUUCAAUUUGUGUUCCUCAACAACAGAAUUGAAAUGGGACGUUACAAAUUAAUCGCUCGUUUUGGCUUGAUGCACAUGGUGGCCACGAAUCUCUGCGAGUGGUUGUACGUGCUGGUCGAGGAGACCAAACACGAAAUCCACCACCUGGCGCACCACCUCAACACUUCCCAUCACGAGCUGUCGGUGGAAAACUCAACCCUGCUUUUGGCUCGUCACGCCAGGGCCGCGGAUCUGCAGGGCGAGUGUCUACGUCUGAACAUCCUCGGCUCGUUGGUGGAAAACGCCAGUCCGUACCUGUUCCCAUGCACCAUCGAGUACAGCCUCAUCUCGGCCGUGAUUCUAUACGAGAUGUGGCACAACGUGCACAAGGUGGUGGAAAAGAAGGCCGAAGAAGGCCGUCACACCGAUAAACAAGUCAACGCACACCACUUUUCCGUCGACUGCUCAGGGGCGCACAGUGGACUUUUCAGCGGCAUCAUCAUCCUUGUGCUCACUGCCAUUUCACUCAUCAUGUUUUUCGUGCUCAUCAGGGAGCCGACGCACGCAGACAUAGCAGUUUUUCAGGUGACAAUGUGCGAGCUGGUCCUGUACGCCUUGGCCACGGUGGCGGUGGUGGUGUGCAUGCUUCAGAUGCGCAGCCUGGAGUACCGCCACGGUUCGCAGGCCCUCGACUGCGUUUUGAUUGUGGUGGCCCAGACGGGCAUGUACGUGUACUGCCUCUUCUCGAUCGUGGGCAGCUACUUCAACCCGCUCGCGCCCAGCGGAGGCUUUUUGGCCGAGCUGUUUUCCCUGCUGCAGACCACGUGCCAGACCGUGUUCAUCCUGGACGCGUGGUGGCGCCGCAGCGAAAACGCCACCCAGGUGCGCAAGAAGCCCGGCCGCCAACUGGUCACCUUCCUGCUGGUCGUCAACCUGGCCAUGUGGACAAUCAACAGUCUCGAGAAGAACAGGGCCGAGUUCCGGCCGACGCACCUCGAGUUCUACGGCGUCUGGGCUUGGACCAUCAUCACACACGUCAGCAUGCCCCUGGCCGUUUACUACAGGUUCCACUCGACCGUGUGUCUUUUGGAAAUUUGGAAAACGGCUUUCAAACUUCGGCAGUCAGAGCAAAAGCAUUGAAAUUAUUAAAUUGUGUGCAGAAAAUGGUUCCUUAUACUAUUUUAAUUUGUUAAAUUCGAUGGCAGUUUUUAUUAAAACUAAAAUUAAUAAAAUCAAACUUUACUACAAACAAAUUGUAAUUUUUCCAUUCUCUGUUUAGUGAAUGUAAACGACAUCCUUUAAUUAAAUUAGGAAUUUGCCCUGGACAAAUUAACUAUAUGCUAUAUUUAAAACCACGCGAAAACAAGAAAUAUGUACAAAUUGGGUCUGAGUGAUGUACUCGGUAGACUCAUGGAGGGAAAGACGAGCUUAGAACUUAUCGAAACAAUUUUUCAUGAAAAAAUUCAUCGUGAAAAACAUUUCUUUUCAAUAAAUUUAUCCAUCUUCCACUCCAAAAAUUUUAUAUUGAAACUAGGAAUUAUUAGAGCAACAUUUAAUAAUUUAGUAUAAAUGUAUCCAUAGAACAAAAAAAAAAGA